CCAACAGGGAUAAUCACCAGAAGCAUAUCCAGUCCUGUUACGCACAUGAGAAAAGGAACCGCAUAACUACCUAUGUUUACUUGGGGGGGGGGAAGGGUAAAUAGUCUAAUGAUUAUCGUUUAGCUCAUUUAGGAGUACAUUUCAUUUUUCCACUAUUGGGACAUGUGGUGUUUGCCUUUUGUUGUUACCCUGCGAACUUGACUAAAAUGGACGCGGUGAUGGAGUCAUUGGGAGAGUUCCGUUGUCGGGAGUGUAGUAUGGCAUUCCGCUCCCAUGGCCUUCUGGAGAAGCAUAAAGCAUCGUUCUGUAUCGGGAGCAGCAUUGGAGACCCUACGGUGCUGAGACAAGAGCAGCCUGAGCAAAAGGGACUCUAUCCAAAGCCGGCACGCACCCCUGAUCUCAUAAGGCUGAGAGAGCAGCGGGGUACGCAGCUACAGAACAUGCAGGGGAGGACCAAUGACACAGAACUGAGAGCUGGGAAAGAAGAUAACCUACAGGGCAGUGUGUCAGAGAGGAACCUUACUAAUGAGCUUCACAAGCUGAGGAUGUCGAUUGAGGGGAGUAUGCCCAACCUGCCGAAAUGGCCUACUGAGACCGAAGGUCUGGAGGACCAGGUCCAGGUGUUGGGGAGAAGGUGUGCCCACAGGGAGAGGCUGAGAGAGAUGGCAGAGCAGCACAACCAGGAGCUGGCAGAGAUACAGACCCACAACCACCUCCUGGAGCAACAGAGAGAGGACAUUGCAUGGCAGCUUGGGGCCCUGGCAGGGCAGGGUAGCACGGCCCAACUGGAGACCUUGCUGCUGGAGCUGAGGGAUCGGGAGGAGAGAAACGAAGAGGCUCUACAGCAGCUCAAAGACCACAUCACUACCCUGCAGCCUGGGGUCAAAGAGGUCACGUUUGACUCACCCAACCCUGACCACAGGAAGGGACAUAAUGCCAACUUUGACCUAAUAUCCUCUGUGGAUGGACCCCUCUCCACCCAAAUAAGAGCUCUGAGGCUGGACUACAUGCAGUCAGGUGGUUCUGAGCCGGCUGUCCUGGCCCAGAUGCAUGACAUGCAGGCAGAGGCCCACACUCUGGAGCAACAGGCCCAAUCUGCGGCUGAGAACAAUGGCAGGAGGAAGAGUGAGUGUCAGUCCUGCAUGGUCCUUCAUUGGGGGACGAAGCCUCCUCAGCAGGCUGGGAACUCAGAGGUGCUGGCUGUGGAGCAAGAGAACCAGAGACUGGAGGAAGAGAUCUUCAGAAUCCAGUUGGCCAGAGACAAACAGCGCCGGGAAGACAGUGGGUUGUCCUCUCCAUCUCAUCUCUUUACAGUGAGGUCUGAGCUCCAUCAGAUCCAAAGAGAACACACCCACUACAUGGCCAGCAUUCAGGCUGAGCUUGAGAGCCUUCGCAGGGAAGUAGAGCGAGUCAGAGAGGGCCCUAGGGACAGGAGGCUGCCCCCACCCCCUCCAUUCCCUGCCCCACCAGCCAUGCAUCCCCUUGCCCAGAUAUAUGCCCCUCCAGCCCUGAUCCAGCCCAGGCCCCAUUCCGCGCUGAAGGAAAGGCAUGUACUCAACUCCCUUGGGCCUGCGCCCUAUGACCCUGCGGCUGGUUUUGCUGUCUUUUAUGACUUGAUGCUUGGGGUAGAUGCCACGCUGAGGGUUCUGCGUCCGGUGGCUGGUCUCUACUCUGGAGGCCAAGAGGUGGGGCGGCCUACCCCAUUGCCCCCUACACAGUGCCAGCCUGGAGGGGGUCAGCCCUACAGUCAAACUGUGCCCCCUGGGAACUAUGCCCUCCUGGCAGUCAAACAGCCUAUGCCCAGGAUGCAGCCGUCUCCCUCCCUGUCUCUGGUGGUUGAGCUUCAAGCUGCCGGAGGUCUGGACGCCUACGGGCAGGAGGUCCAGAGGAUGGUGUCCCGGGGCUGGGCACGGCUGGAGCUCUUCGACCAGCACAAUCAGGUUCAGAGCGGAUACUGGAGAGUGCCAGUACGUGCCCUCCCCAUCCGACCAUCCCUCAGUCCAGUCCAGCUCAACUCAGUCCCCCAGGUGGGCAACAUGGAGCUGUGUUUACGGGUGGUCAAUGCUCGGGACCGGGAUGUGCAGUCCCUCGCCAAGAUUGACCCAAGCAACACCAGCCACUAUACGUACCCCUCCAUGGUGUCCAAUAUCCCUGCAACUCUUCAAGGAAGUAGACCCCUUUCCUUGUCAACGUUACAGCCCUCCGCAGCCAAUAACCUUUUUUCUCUCCUUCCCUACACUGAUCACGAAGACCCUCCCCCCAUGGAGGAACCCAAUCAGAGGUGAUUGAUGAUGACGCUGAUGAUUUUAGUGCAUGGAAAUAAGUACAAUAAUCACUGCGAUUAUUUAGGAGAGAGAGCACACGUUACUUCAUUUGACCUUUGAUUGUUGUAAGUUGUCUGGAUGUGUUGUUCAUUUACAAUGUGCAAAUAAAGACACAAAAAAAACCCAUGA